AAGAGAACGUGCUGCUCUGACCCCCCUCCUCCUUUCAGGCUGCAGCCUGCUGGAGUCCGAUGGUUGACACCAGGUCUGAGGAAGUAUUUCUGUCGACUCACACUGGAUCCAAACACAGUAAACAGAAACCUCAAACUGUCUGACAACAACAGGAAGGUGACAUAUGUGGAGGAGGAUCAGUCAUAUCCUGAUCAUCCAGACAGAUUUGAUUACUGGCCUCAGCUGCUGUGUAGAAAUGAUCUGACUGGUCGCUGUUACUGGGAGGUCGAGUGGAGAGGAAGAGUUUAUAUAUCAGUGAGUUACAGAGGAAUCAGCAGGAAAGGAAACAGUGAAGACUGUUGGUUUGGAGGGAAUGAUCAGUCCUGGAGUCUGUACUGCUCUGAUGUUGGUGGUUACUCUGUCCAUCACAAUAACAGAUCAACAUCCAUCUCCUCCUCCUCCUCCUCCUCCUCCUCCUCCUCCUCCUCCUCCUCCUCUGUGUCUAACAGAGUAGCAGUGUAUGUGGACUGUCCUGCUGGCACUCUGUCCUUCUACAGAGUCUCCUCUGACACACUGAUCCACCUCCACACCUUCAACACCACAUUUACUCAGCCUCUGUGUGCUGGGUUUGGGUUCUACUGGUCUGGUUCCUCAGUGUCUCUGUGUGGUCUGCAGGAGGAAGAGUCUCCUCCUGUUAGAGAGACUUUCUCACUGCUGACCAGAUAGUUCAGUCUGUACAGGAUCACACACAGCUGAUGGUAUUUAGUACCAACAUGAUCUCUCACUGCUUGUAAAUGUAAACAUGGUUUCCACAUGAUUGACAGUUUGUUUGUAAAAUGAAUCAAAUGAUAAACUGAGUCCAGUUGUUGUUGUUUUCUGUUGUUAGUGUAUUAGAAAGGCUUGAACUGUAAUGGGAUAAUGGGAAUGGGAUCUUCACAAUGUUUAGUUGUAGUUCUUCUAGUAGUUUCAUAGUAACUGUGUUACCUGAUUCCUUCACUUAUUUAGAGAUCACAUGACAAAUGAUGGUCAGAACAACAGGCCUCCUAUUGGCUGGUUAAAUGAACACCUCUAAUGGUGAAGGCUGAGGCUCAGCAGCUGGAGUGUGGCUGCUUUUAUGCUGCGUUCAUAUCAUAUUGGAAUGAUGCUAAUUAUGAGAUUCUGAUUCUUAUUAUCUAAUAUUAGCUAGUUAUAGCCAUUGUUAAUACCAAGCUUUUACAUGUUAAUUAGCAUUAUUACUAGCUGGUUAUUAUCAAAUAUUACCCACUAUUACCUUGUUAUUACCCAGCUGGAAGGUAAAGUGCUGCCACAAAUCCUUCCAGCAGACACCAACAAAACUGCUUCUACGGUUCAACCUCAGUUUAGUCUCACUGGUGAAGUUUCUUACUGGAUUUAAACCAGUUCAUUUGUUAAAUCUUUAUGGUUUUAAUUGAUACAUUUGUCAGUUGAUACAUAUAUAUGUGGUUCUUGAGAAAUAAUAAUCAAUCUGUCCGUUCUGAACAGACACGUUUUGAACGGGCUCUGCACUAGUUCUAAUAAAAAAAGAACUGUUAACUAUUAUUAUUCUUCAUUUCUUAAACUGUGCUGGUGUGUUUUUGUAUUUCAGGA